UUUUGUCCCAAUAGUGAGUUGUCAAAGCCACCCAUCAGCCAGUAUUAUCGUACCUUAUUCUCCCUUUGAUGGCCUCGCAUGAUGUCCAACUCCUGAAUCUAUACCGCCCUCCUUGCGCUGUGUCGCCUUCCUUCUUUUCUCCUUAUGAUGCGCUGCAUCUUCCGCAAUCUCCGCUGUGUUCGCGACCUCGCGUCACUUUGACCUUCAGCGGCAGCAAUAGCAACAGCGUGACCAACAGACGAAGAGACAAGGGCAAUAAACCACGCUGCUACAUCUCUCGCCCACGAUCUGACCGCCAGUUCAUAGGAGAAUCAGGGACCUGAAAGCAUGGCCGAUAGCGCCGGUCACCACCAGCAGGUGCUGGUUGACUCCGCCUUGGAACAGUCGCUCGUCCCCGUCCAACGCUCUCUCUCAACCUUCGAACGAGUCGUUACAACCCAUGCUCCUCUCCUCGAAUCCCUGCUACUUCAACUCCCGACAGACUCCAUUCUGAAACUUUACCACACUUCCCGCUACCUCCGGUCCUUUCUUAGAUCCUAUCCCACAGCAUGGAAGCACUUGUCGUUUCGUUUAUUCUUCCCUUCAGGCACCUCUUCACCCCUCCGGGUUGUCAUACCAGGGACUCUGGAGCCAGUGGUGGUACCACGACAAUCUCGGCCAUAUGCUCUUGAUCAGUUGUUGAUGAAUGUGGUGGUUCCGUUCAGUCCGUGUUUAAGGAGUCUAGAGUUGGAUAAUACGGCGGUGUCUGGGCAGAUUCUCAUAUCGACUGUCUUGUAUUCACGGCGUGAAACACUAGAACAUCUCUCUGUCCGGGGGUGUAAAAAUGUCUCCCUCAAAUACCAUAUCAUUCCGUAUCUGACAAUGUUUGGGCUCCAAUACGACGUGGAUAUGGAAAAAAGCAUCGGUAGCUCUUCAUCUACCAAGCGUCUUGCGCUGAAAAGUCUGUAUACCUAUCGAUGCCGACAUCACCGACGAAGACCCUACCUCUCCUCUUCUUUAACUCGGAAGGAUUCAGACUCAGAACCGACCCAUGAAUUAGUCAAUCUCUGCCAUAAACUUGGGAUUUGGACCGAUACCGCGUGGUGUUCGACUCCUGCCGGAAGAUGCUAUAGGAGGAGAGGCUACGUCUCCAUGAGAGUACCGCAGGGCUCCGCGGAGGUCUGGGUGGUUUUCGAUCGGUUAUGGCGGUCGAAGAAUUGGAUCGGCCCUGUAGAUCACAGCAGCCGUCCACCCAAAAGAGACGGUAAGCUGUGGGAACACGAGGAGACCGGCUGCUAUGGUGAAGCCCUAGGGACAGGAGAAGGCAGGGACCUUGGGGAGGGUAAAAUGUCACCGGCCCAUUCACGUUGGAGCCAUAAGCGGUUCGUGGAAAAUAUCCGCUGCGACAACUGCUACGAGGAGAUUCCGGAGAGAUGCGAACAGUGUAGUGUUCUAAUGCACUGUGUUGGAUGUCGUAAGACGCUCUGUGCAAGUUGUGCUUAUGAUCGGCCUUACGUACGUCCUCGACGUCCCUCAUCGCUCUCGGGGGAGACUAAGCAACCUUUCUGGUGGGCGCCAGGCGCUACCACUUCCCCCUGCCUCAUGCUGGACCCCCUAGCAAGUACUUCUGAAAGCGAUACCUUGAAUCAUAAUAACACUACAGCUCCUCAUCCUGUCCUGAAAUUUCACUGGUGUUGUACAGAACCAAUCUUUUCCGGCGGGGGCGGUAUCAGCAUUGGGACUCCUAACCGGGAUGUAGAUCAGGUGCGAGCGGCGCCUCUGCCCCGUGGGCAAGGCUGGGAAGAUCUGGAAUACUCGGCGCAAGAGUGGAGUAAGACCUUCCCCAAGUAUGCCUACGGUGAUCCACGGAAACCCGACUACACUCUCGAAACGGGACAUAUAGCGAUGAUGAAAUGGUUGCUGGGGCCUCCAGACCGAGAACCCACCGCUUGUCCUCGAAAUCUAUGCCAGGAAUGUUAUGACACUCCCCAGUGGAAGGUACACUGUAAGAGUUGCUCGAAGCCAUUAUGCAUUGAACAUGACCUACGCGGUCUCCGCUUACGCAUUUGUGGAUACCGCGACCUUACUCUAGAAAAGAUGGCUAUCCAAAAUCGGCCCGGAGCAAGCUCUCAACAGACCACCAGUGCUUAUGCUUCGCCACAUGUUCCGUUAAUGAGCUCUUCAACCGAAUUUGCGUUGCCGUACAGGACCCACCGGGCUGUCGACUCUACUGCAAGCAGUUUCACCGAGGAUAAUCCUGCAGAUGGUGUUCCGGAUGUUGGUAGUCACACUUUGCAGGGCGCUGACGACCCGCCAGGACCCAUUUCUCUUGUGCACCGCCGACUCAGGAGUGCCUCGGUUUCGAACUCGAACCGGUCCCGCUCUUCGUCCCGUUCCUCCGUUGGUUGUGAAUCACAGUCAGAUGCGGCCAAAUGGCAGGGUUGCCAAUCGUUCUUCUGCCCGCAGUAUCGAGCUGUCGGCGAUCAACGACAGAGGUGUGGUAGUGUCCUACGUGAGUGCUCGAGCUGCUCGGUCCACGUAUGUCAGGACUGCGUUGAGGCAAAUCCUCCAUGUAACUGCUCAUACUGCGAGGUAAACUAUUUGUGCCCAAACUGCCUCAAACUUCGAGAGCGAGACGGAACCUGUCGCCGGCUAGAAGAGGAAAAGGCACGAAGAGAACAAAGGUGGAAAGAAGAUAUGCAGAUGCUAGAGGGAAUCUUGGAGACUAAGAUGGCAAACGAAGUUGCGGAAUUUGCGGGUCAGUUCUUCAACUCCGUCGAAGAGCCGAGAAUAUCUGUUGAGCAAGUGGAAGAUGUUCACCAAAAUGCUCAAUCUCCACAACAUGUUCGCAUCUUCGACGGCUCACCCUGGAUGGGACCUAUCACCGAGGAGGACGUGGUCGAUAGCAUAGAGUAAGUGCGGAGCCGACUGCAUGAAUCUAUGCACGUUCGCUGCUUUUUUGCAUUUCUCUCCUUUCCGAGGUUAAGUGAGUGGUCCGCCGGGUGUGUUGACUGCCCUGGCCUUCAAGGGGAGAUAUCGAGUGAUGAUGCGAGUCAUGAUUCUUUCCACUAUCAUGUCACUUUAUCUUCCUGUUCACAAGCAUAUAUAAUAAUGCUUUCUUUUCUUACCGGUUGAUCACAUAGUGCAUAUCAGAUUACUUACGAAUACCCUAUGAAGAUCGGGAUGCUUGCUACUAUAGACAAGCCAGCCCAAUCGAAUUACAUGAUACUAUUAAAU